AUGGAGGACACAGCUGAAUCGGAUGAACUGACUGUGUCACCGUAUGAACAGCUAAAGGCGAAACAUCGCAAAGAAAAGAAAGACUUGUUAGCUAAAAUUACGAGCAUGAAACAUUCAGUACCAAAGAACGAUAAAAAGCGGAGAAAGGAAGUAGGUGCAACAGCAGAAAAGAUGGAGAAGAGUUUAAAAGAUCGCCAGGAAAAGGAACUGAGCGAGAUGCUUGCGACUAUGAAAGCAGCAACAGAAAACAUAGAACCUUUACCAGCAAAUGGUGAGGAAAGUAAAGAGCAAGCACAAGAGACGAAGGAGAAGAAGGCGGAAAUGCGGAAGAGGCUAAAUGAAGCUGCCGAGGAAGAUGCAGAGGCAUCUAAAUUUGCUCCAGGCAGAACGCUAGAAAGUGAGGCUAUAAUUAAUGAGCUUUCCCUUCGUAAUCUUCGACUUCAUGAAAUUCCUGCAAAUGGUGACUGUCUGUAUAAUGCACUGGCGCAUCAGUUGUCUUGCGGAAAAGACAUCAGACGAAAAGCUGCAUCUUACAUUCGAGCUCACAAGGAAGACUUUCUUCCAUUUCUUACUUGGGAGGACGGCACGCCUGUAGAGGAGAUUGAAUUUGAAAAGUAUUGCUGGCAGGUUGAGAACAUGUGUGAAGAAGGUGGUCAGUGGGGUGGUGAACCUGAGUUAAAGGCGUUAUCAAGUGUGCUAGAAAGAAGAAUUGAGGUACUGCAGCCAGAGGGUCGAGUAGCUGUGUUUGGAGACGAGUUUGUGACAACAAAACCCUUGGUGAUAACCUAUCAUAGAUAUGCUUAUUCUUUAGGAGAACAUUAUAAUUCAACAGAACCAGCCGCAUGA